AUGGCUGACUGGGCAAAACUUCCCAACGAUCUUAUUGCUCACAUUGCAAAUCGUGUUAAAGUGAUUGAAGAUUUUAUUGCUUUUGGUGCAGUUUGUACCUCUUGGCGAAUUGCCGCUACAAAAGACAAUUUCGAUCUACUUUCUCCCCAAGUUCCAUUCCUUAUGCUGGCUGACGAACACGAUGACCGUUAUCAAGAAUUUUAUUCUCUUUCCAAGAAGAAGGUUUCGCGAAAAUUUCUCCCGGAAGUUAGAGGGUCAAAGUGUAUAUCAAUUAAGGAGGGAUGGCUCUUCACCGUGGUAAAUAAUACGGGAGAGAUUAAUUUGUUGCACCCUUUCUCUCGCAAAAAAAUACACCUUCCCUCCCAAAAAGCCUUAUUGAAUUUCCAUGAUGGCACUGGUUACGAAACAAAUCAUUGGGGCUACAUAGACUUAGCUGUCUUGUCUGCCAAUCCUUCUCUUACGUCAGAUUAUGUACUCAUGGUGCAUCUUUAUGGACCUGACAUUUGUUUGGCAUUUUGGCGACCUGGACACCUCAAUUGGACUCAUAUUGAUGUUGCUAAUUUCACUGCUGGGGUUUCCGCUCUAGUUUAUCACAAGGGCGAAUUUUAUUCCAUGAGUCGCAGUGGCAAAGUACAAGCUAUUGAAUUUGCAGGGCCUAAUACUAGUGAUCAACCAAUUGUGAAGACACGCUUGGUUGUUGAGACUGACGAAUCUACAUUAAAUCCGCGUGUAGUUGAGUAUUACCUAGUUGAGUUAUCAGGUGCACUACUACUUGUCAUCCAGUUUGCCAUAAGUACUUGUGACCGUACUGAUCACACCACCAAAUUUAAACUAUAUGAAGUAGACAUAACCAGAGGUGAAUUGAAGGAGGAGAUAAAAACAUUGGGAAAUUCGUCAAUGUUUUUGGGUCAUAAUUGGGCAAGUUGCAUUGACACUUCUAAAUAUAGCAGAGUCAAGCCUAAUCACAUAUAUUUUGCCGAUAAGUGGUUGAAUUAUAGUGGCUAUUUAGAUAUGAGUGCCUAUAAUUUUGAAGAUGGAAAAAUUGAAUCUUUCUAUCCUGGUCCUGGACGACGGGCACAACGUUUAAUUUGUCCGCCACCUUGGGUUAUGCCAUCAUUGAUGAAGUGA